AUGGCAGAGUCUGAUACAACCGAUGAUGCGAGUAUAUUAUCCAAAACAGUAAAAACUGAACUUUAUGAUAAUGAUGUUUCUACUUUGGACAACAAUUUAAAGGGAAAAGCUAUAGAUUUUCAAUUUUUCGUUCAGCCAAAAGUUGAACAAUCUGAAAUAAAAGAUGAAGUUGAGGAAUUAGAAUUUGUGGGAGAAGCUGUAGACUUUUCUGAGAAUGAACUGUCUAAUUCAGAAGAAAGUCAAGAAGAUAAUAGUUACAUCUCAAAAAAAUCUUAUUUGUGUGAAGAAUGUAAUGUGGAAUCUUGUUACAAAAAACAUGUCUUGCAUGCAGAUUUUAUUCGUAUUACAACUAAACCAUUAAAUCAAUCAAAUCCAUAUGAAUGUGCUACAUGUAGAAUAAAGUUGUUUAGUCCUACAAUAGCCUUAUUUCAUUUAUCUCUGCAUGACAAAGAUAGUUUCAGGUGCUAUAAAUGCAAUGGAAUUCUACUGGGAUUUUCUAAUUUUAUGAAGCAUAUAGAGAAAGUUCAUUCUAAAGAUAAGGAUAUUUAUCGCUGUGUCGAGUGUAAUUUUGUGGCCUACUGGCAUACCCAGUAUCUUGACCAUAAGAAUAAGUUUCAUGAACCAAAAUCGUUUCAUAAAUGCAUACUUUGUGACGAAUUUUGGCCAACCAAAAAUCAUAAUUUACAUGAGAAGAUGAUACAUAUUAGACACAAAUAUGCAAGGAAUCCAUAUAUGUGUAAGAAAUGUAAUAUUGAAUUAGUUGAUCGCGAAGAAAUAUAUGAUCACUUAAAUAUACAUGGUGAUAUAGGAAUAUUUUGCAAUUUUUGUGCCUUUUCUUCCGAAAAUCUUAGAGACCUUGAACAUCACAAAAAAAAUAAUCAUGCUGAAGAAAUUAAAAAAUAUAGUAUUUUACAGAAAAGGUAUAAAGAAACUAUGGAGAACAAUAAUGAUGUAUUCUGUGAAUUAUGUAAUAGAUACUGGCCAAACCGUCAUCAUAGUCAACAUACAAGAACGUUACUAGUUGAAAAGAAAGUAACAAAAGAUAAUCCAUAUGAAUGUAAGACGUGUCAUAAAAAAACCUAUAACCCGCGAGAACUUUACAAACAUGUGAAUCGAUAUUGUAUGUAUAAGUUUAAAUGUCGAUUUUGUUCAAAAAUUUUUAAAGCAAAGGCCUUUCUAAAUACCCACAUUAUAAGAGAACAUCCAGAUAAAGAAGUAGUAGUGGCUGACCGUAUUUUAAAAUGUAAGCUUUGUGAAUUCAAAUCAACAUGCAUGAGAAAUUUCAAACUUCACUUAAUAAUCCACAAGAGUAAAGAGGAUAAACAAUAUUAUAACUGUGAUCAAUGUAAUUUUACAACUCCCCAUUCCCGUCACUUAAAAAAUCACAGACUAUAUAAGCAUCCAAUGGAGUCUGAUAAAGUUUAUACUUGCGAUAAAUGUACUUACAGUACAUCUGUAGUACAUCGUUUAAAAAUGCAUUUAUUGAGGAUGCAUGUAAAUAAAGGAGACAUUUGUUUUAAAUGUGAUAUUUGUAAUUCUUUAUUUGGACGCAAAAUAAAUCUGGAAAGGCAUAAAGCCAGGCAUUAUCCACCAAAGUCGGAAAAGAAACAAUAUGUAUGUGAAAUUUGUGCUAAAGUUUACUACUUUAAACCUAGUCUAACUAGGCAUCUGCAUCUCGUCCAUCAGCAAGCUGAAGACUUGAAGAAGUACAUAUGCUAUACAUGUAAAUAUGAAAGUGUGAACAAAAACGUAUUCAUUCUACAUACCAGAAAGCAUAUAAAACAGGAGUUAUUAUAUUGUGCCAAUUGCGACUAUAAAACUAUUAGAAAACCUAAUCUCAUCCAACAUAUGGUGAAACAUGUGGAUUCAUCAAAAAUACAGUGGCACAAGUGCAAAGUGUGUUCUUUUAAAACAAAACGACCCCAUACUCUAAGAAAUCACGUUAAAUAUACUCACGGGACAUUUUAA